UGUAAUCUCCUAUACGCCUGAGGGAAGACCGAAGUAUGUCAGCUAAAACGUUUGAAAGUAAAUUUCGUAAUGUCGAUGUUGACGAAUAUGACGAAGAUAGGUAUGAAGAAGAUGAAAAUGCUGAAGCGCCUAUUGAAAAAAGUCCCGACAAAGCGGAAGUUCAUAACCUUUUGCAAUCUACCAAGAAUGCCGAAGCUCUAGCUUACGUGCUAGACAAUGCACCCAUUGGAUCGAAAAAUCAGUCACUGCUAGACGCCUGCACGCAGUUGAUAGUAGAGGUCAUGAUGUCAUUCAAGACAAGCGCAGUUGAACAGGCGUUAAAAUCGUUGAACCAGGGUCAACUGGAUUUGCUAUUAAAAUAUGUAUACAAGGGGUUUGAAUCUCCUGUGGAAAACAGUAGCUAUCAUUUGUUAAUUUGGCAUGACAAAAUAUACAGUAUUGGUGGAUGCGGGUCCAUUUUAAGAGUGUUAACCGAACGAAAAAGGUUGUGA